GUGGCCCCGCCCCUCCCCUCCGUCAACAACUGGAACCCAGCUAUUUGUACUUCCAUCGCUAGCCCGCUCACAGCGACCCAGCCGCGGAGGAAAUCACCGUCCCGGGCGGACAUGUUGUCGUGCUCGCUUGCUUGAGACCCACACCGUCGACAGCCGGUGCCGAUGUGCGCCCAGACCCGGCGCAAGGAGCCACGGAGAGCGGAGAGAUCGGCCCGCACAGCGUCCUCUUAUCGCCGCCGCUCAAGCAGCUAACGCGGCUAACACUUGACUGGAGAUCAAGCUAGCUGGCUGGCUGACAGCUGGUCCGGCUAGCUCCGCGUCCUCAGCACCCCCGUGGAUUUACUCGCUGCAACAAUGACUUGUCUCUGACAGUGAGAGGACUGAGGCCCAGCUGGUUGUCACACUGGUGGAAGCAGAACCCAUUUACAGACAAGGUGGGUCUGUGCAGACUCUGCGGUGAAGCGGGUGAACAGAACCGACCAAGUGGCCCAUGCCCUUAGAUUUGACCUGCCACAGCUGCCAAUAUGAUGCCGAUGAUAUUGACAGUGUACCUCAGUGAUGGGGAACAGGCCGUGACUGAGGUGCCCAUCACCCCUGAGACGACGUGCCGCGACGUGGUCGAGUUCUGCAAGGAGCCCGGCGAGAGCGGCUGCCACCUGGCUGAGGUCUGGAGAGGCAACGAGCGAGCCAUCCCCUUCGAGCACAUGAUGUACGAACACCUGCAGAAAUGGGGGCCUCGGAAACAAGAGGUCAAGUUCUUCCUCCGGCACGAGGAUUCACCAACGGAGAGCAGCGAUCAAGGGAGUCAGCAGUCUCAGGAUCAGACGAGUCGCAGGAGUGGAAACACUGGAGAGAAGCACAAUGAGAACGGGGUGGGGAAUCAGCGUGUGGAGCUCACGCUGUCAGAGCUGCAGGAGAUGGCCACACGGCAGCAGCAGCAAAUCGAGGCUCAGCAGCAGAUGCUUGUGGCGAAGGAGCAACGUUUGCGUUACCUGAAGCAGCAGGAGCGGCGUCAGCAGCAAACCGUGUCGGAGAGCGAGAAGCUGCAGAGGCUAAAGGACCGGGUGGAGAGCCAGGAGGCAAAGCUCAAGAAGAUCCGGGCAAUGAGAGGCCAGGUGGACUACAGCAAGGUCAUCAACGGCAACUUGUCUGUAGAGAUUGAGCAAGUCAGCAGCCUGUUCCAAGAGAAGCAGGCAGAGUUGCAAUCUGCUGUGCUAAGGGUGGAGCAGCUCAGCCUGCAGCUGGAGGACCUGCGGAGAGGAAAGCUCAACGGCAUACAGACCGUCUUGGGUGGCCAAGUAACCGGCGUCGCAGCCCUGGAGCUCCGUAAGCUCUACCAGGAGCUUCAGAUUCGGAACAAGUUGAACCACGAGCAGAACAGCAAGCUGCAGCAGCAGAAGGAGCUUCUGAACAAGCGCAACAUGGAAGUGACGCUCAUGGACAAGCGCAUCAGUGAGCUGCGGGAACGCCUCUACAAGAAAAAAGCUGAGGCACGUCAAAAAGAAAACCUCCCUCUGAACAGAGCCAACGGGCCUCCCUCUCCACAGCCAGCUCCUGGGACUCUGGGCCGCGUCGCCGCUGUCGGGCCGUACAUCCAGGUCCCUGUAUCGGGCCGACCGGAAGGAGGCUACACCAUGCCACCCGAUCCACUGAAGCCUCAGACCCUGGGUGUCAAUAAUCAAGCCAACCACGGCCGCACCAAGUCAGACGGUGUGCGUAAGCCCUCCGGCCCUUGGAAGGUGUCUGAUUUAGACAUCGUUGUGGACCCGGUACCCCCGUCCCUUCCAGAAUCACACCCAGGCCCUGGAGCCUCCACUGGCUCUGACGGCUCGUCCCCUAAUGACCCUGGUUGGCCGACUCUUGGUAAGACGAACACAACUCUAAAGCCUCCAGAGAGAAGAAACUCGGGGUCUGAUACCCAUGGAAAAAGCCCCCCCUCAGGGUCGCCCAUCACUCCAAGUGCAGAAAAGGUGCUAGAAUCCAAAAUGGUCGUCUCCUCCCCUGCCAUAUCCAAGCCACAGCCGCCUCCCUAUGGCUCCCACCUCAUCACUGCGAACUCCGCCAGCUCCUUGGAGCGCCGAAAGGAUGCUCCUCCUCCUCCUCGACCACUCCCAAACCCGCCGGCUCCCGCUUGGCCCCGCACCACCCCCUCCUCCACGGGCUCAUCCUCCCAGCAGAUCCAGCAGCGUAUCUCGGUGCCACCGAGCCCCACCCUACAGCCCAACAUGCCGCUUUUCCCUCCCGGGCUGAGCGAGCGCCUCGACCCACCUCCCGCUGUGGCAGUACGGCCCUUCAUCCCAGACAGAGGGUCGCGGCCUCAGUCGCCCCGUAAAGGUCCACCCACUAUGAACUCCAGCUCCAUCUAUCACAUGUACCUCCAGCAGGCAGCGCCAAAGAGCCAGCCACUCAAGCCUGCUCUCAAAGCUGUUUACGGAAAGCCUGUACUCCCCUCUAGCUCGACACCCCCCUCGCCACUGCCUUUCGUCCAGGCAGGAGGGGCCUUCCCAUUGCUCCACGGCCCACCCGGCGGUGACGACACUCUGGACGGAGAAAUUGACGACCUCGAAGGCUUCCAGCACCUGGAGCCCUCAGCGCCUCCUCCCAGCGUGGAGAACAUCCCACGACCACUCAGCCCUACGAAGCUCACACCCAUGGUACACUCCCCGCUGCGCUACCAAAGUGACGCCGACCUCGAGGUGCUCCGUAAAAAGCUGGCCAACGCCCCGAGACCCCUCAAGAAGCGCAGCUCCAUCACAGAACCGGAGGGCCCCAGCGGACCCAACAUCCAGAAACUGCUCUACCAGAGAUUCAACACUCUCGCCGGAGGCAUCGAGGGAAAUGGAGUCAGUGGAUCAGGAGGAGGCAACGGGGCAGGGAAUGGAACGCCGUUUUAUCAGCCGGCCAAUCCUCCCGGAUAUCUGGGAGGUGACUCUGGGGCUGAUACAGACAAUGGCAACCUCCCAACUGGAAUGCCGCUACCGCUGCCACCUGGGGCAGAGGAGCUGGGCUCUGAGGCUUCACCUCCAUCUUCUGACACUAACGACAAUGAUCCACUGCCCUCGUCGCCAGAAGGGCUGGAGGACCCCGCAGAAGAGGAGGAAGCAGAAGACGACAAUAACAACAACGUGGGAAUCUCGGAGGCAUCUCUGCCGAGCCCGUUGCUGGAGGUCACCACUCCAGAGGAGAGCGGCAUGGCGGCCUCGCAGCCUCUGGAGAAACGCACAAACCUGAAGAAGCCGAACUCUGAGCGCACAGGUCACGGCUUCAGAGUCAAGUUCAACCCUCUGGCUCUGCUGCUCGACGCCUCAUUAGAGGGAGAGUUCGAUCUCGUCCAGAGGAUCAUCUACGAGGUGGAGAAUCCAAGCACUGCCAACGACGAGGGCAUCACCCCCCUGCACAACGCCGUGUGCGCUGGACAUCACCACAUAGUCAAGUUCUUGCUGGAUUUCGGCGUGAACGUCAACGCUGCCGACAGCGACGGAUGGACACCGCUCCACUGCGCCGCCUCCUGUAACAGCGUUCAUCUCUGCAAGUUGUUGGUGGAGUCGGGCGCGGCCAUCUUCGCCAGCACCAUCAGCGAUGUGGAGACUGCUGCUGAAAAAUGCGAAGAAAUGGAAGAGGGUUUCAUCCAGUGCUCCCAGUUUUUAUACGGUGUUCAGGAGAAGUUGGGUGUGAUGAACAAGGGGACAGUUUACGCUCUCUGGGACCACGAGGCUCAGAACCAGGACGAGCUGUCGUUCGGCGAGGGGGACCCCAUCACCAUCGUGCGACGGCAGGACGACCGCGAAACCGAUUGGUGGUGGGCGCGGCUGGAAGACAACGAGGGCUUCGUGCCCCGCAACCUGAUCGGGCUCUAUCCUCGCAUCAAACCUCGUCAGCGCUCGCUGGCGUAGCGUCUCCCUUCACCGACCUGUGGCGAACAGCUGGACCAGCGACAAAAACCAAGAGCAGAGAACAAAAAGGAGCGCGGCGCUCCGACUUCUCCCCCGUGGCCAUAACCUCCCCACCCCCCCCCCAAAAAAACCCCACCGGCCUCGUGCUUCUCUCAAAAAUCCAUUUCCUUUGAAGCAGUCGGCACUGAACUCUGACGCACACAUAUUUCCAUCGCAUAGACACACACACACACACAAUGAAAUGCAAGCACUCCACACACACACACACCUCUCAACUUGUCUGUUCAUAGUCCCAACUUGAUUUUUCUCCCGACUCAGUGUCAGCUCUGUAUCAGACGUGGACUUGAAGAAUAAAACACUAACCCCUCGUCUCAGUAUUUCUUGCAGUUUCCACACUUCUUCAGUCGUCUUCUCCCUGAUGGAGCCGCUGGUUUAUUUGCGUUUAUAUGAUGACGAGAAUAAUCAGCGUUAAUGGUGAGAAAUUGCUGAUUUUUUUUCAGUGGAGCAGAGUUUUUUUAAUGUCAGUUUGAUCCCCUGCACGAAGAAGCACACACACAGGAGGUUGUGAUCAGUGUGAUCGUCCAACCACCAAAGAUGAAAAUAUAGAUUCAAAUAUUUUAUCUCAGCGACUCCCUGAGACCCUGCAGAGACGCUGAGUCCUUCCAGAUUUUCUCAUUGAGCAGGAAAAUGAUUUUGUUUGAGGAAAACAGAAAAUCGUAAAUCCUCAGCGUUAACGUCACAGACCAGACAAAGCAAAUCCAGUGUAAAGCAAAGACGAACAAAGAUUCACACAAGUUUUCAUUCAUGACCAAAACGACACCAGUUUGUUUACUCUGUGUUCAAUUCCAGAUGUUUGGCUGCAACAUGAAUAGAUUUGAGGCUCCUGACAAUAAUCUGUUUUUUUUUUUCUGUUAUAUAUUUCAAGAUGUAUUAAACUGUUUGAAUCACCGACUGUAUCUAAAGAUGGACGACACUUCUCCACUUCCCUCCACUGUCCAGAAAUGAAGCCAAAAAUAUCCUGGAUUCGAACGCUGCCAUCUUGUGCAUCUGGAGCCAGAGUCUCUCAAGGUCGAUUCACAUGCACGUCCAAUCAGACUUAUUCAAACCAAACUUACUGGAGAAAUGCCCCCUUUGCCUCUAAAAAACAAGAAACCAUGACUUUAGUUUGGACCAUGUCCCAACUGCUAACAUGGAGGAGGCAGGAUUUAUUACCUACACUGCAGCCAGCCACCAGGUGGUGAUCAACGUGCUUUGGCCUCACUUUUGAGGAGCUGUCCUGUCGUCCAUCUCUAUAAACAGUCUGUGGUUUAAAUUAGCAUUUACAUUGUGUUUAUAUUUUUGUGCUGCAGUUUAGAUUUCGUCAUGGAAAUGGAUUUUUAAAAAUAUUCAGUAUUUCACUUACCAAAACAGAAGUUGCCAAAUACAAGGAGAGAGCAUCUUGAAUGGAAGAUACAAACCUUAGAUUAUCUGUAACUUUUGGUAUUUCAGGGAUUAUUAUAUGGGAAAUAAUUAGCCAGAAUAAGUUUGAUCAAAAGUUUGACUUAUAAAUCUAAAUUGUAUCCGAUUCAGAGGCAGAAAGGUUUUUAUCGUUCAUGUUAUUGUCAGAUCAAGUUGUUUUUAAUUCUCUGUAAUAUCGAUCAAAUCAUUCACAGUUUGGAUCUCGUUUCUUAUUCUUUCUUUUAAAAUCUUAAAUCUACGAUAAAUCUAAUCUCACUACCACAAUUCUGCAUUUUAAGAUUUUUGCCUUCUUGUGAUUUAAUGGAAAAGUCGCAUCAGAGCAAUGAAACGGACACUGGACUCAGUCGGACCAUCUCAGCAUUCAAGAUAAUUUAAAUCCCUUUUAUUCUUUACGUCUACCAGCUGCUACGUUUCUCUCGGGUUCUAACCACGAACUCCACUUUGACACACUUUGAUCUCAGGACCGACACGGUGCUGCCGACACUGUUUCACCACUAAACUAGUGAUCGUGUUUCUGUUUCUUUUCUCAGCCGACGUCACCUUCAUACGAGCAGAGAACACAAAGCUGAAUUUCUGUCCAGAAUCUAUGGUCAUAAGUUACUGAUGCAUGAAGAUGAUUGAAACCAAGGUUCGGAUUCAAAGUUUGACCCGUUCUCCUCCUCCAGUUCAGCUCUGACACUAAUAACCCACGUUAGAAUCCGUCACUGAUCCUCCAUCAGAGUCCAGCAGCUUGUUCUGAGCCUCCAGUGACCUGAGUGCGAGGAGAUGAGUCACAUGUCUGUUUUCUGUAUGAACGACUUUUUGUUUUUCUGUAUAAACACUGUAACUCACACUUGAUUCAAAUAAUGUAAAUGUGAACAAUAAAACUGAAGCUCUGGCAUGAA